UCGUGAUCAUUUCUCUCCAUAUUGCGGUGCAUAGUAGGCCAUCUACGACGCGUUAACGUUGAUCAACUUAUACGCAAUCGAGGUUCUUACAGCGGCGUAAAAACAAAGUUUGGAAAGGUUAAAGGAGUGCAAUCUGAUCAAUUUACUUCACGCGCGAAUUAUAUCAAGGAUGGAAAACAGUGGAGAAAGUGGUGACGACGGUCCUCUAGGAUCGACAUUCCUGAGCGGUAACACCGUCGCUGCAUCCUACAUCGGCGUCCAGUCGGAUGACAUGGAAGACGAUCCCGAGAACACAGACGACUCCAAUCACGGCGCGGGAGAUCCUCUACAGAGCCCUGGGGUUUCCACUGGCGGUGGGCCGCUUCGUGAGCAGGAUCGCUUCUUGCCGAUAGCGAACGUUGCCAAAAUUAUGAAGAGAGCUAUUCCAGAGGCUGGAAAGAUAGCCAAGGAUGCGCGUGAGUGUGUUCAAGAGUGCGUGUCAGAGUUCAUUUCAUUUAUCACAUCAGAAGCGAGCGACAGAUGUCAUAUGGAGAAACGUAAAACUAUCAAUGGUGAGGACAUUUUGUUCGCCAUGACUACGCUCGGCUUCGACAAUUAUGUCGAGCCCCUGAAAGUGUAUCUGCAGAAAUAUCGUGAGGCGACAAAGGGCGACAACCCACCCAAUGCCGGAACGGCCACUGGCAAUGGAAAAACUGAACCACAGAGCAUGUAUGAGGAUCAGUUAUUUGCUAUUACUGCAACGGCAUCCAGUGUAACCACUUCCGAAUCGCCUGUUAUCUACAGUUAUGCCAAUGAGCAGAUGCAGUUUCAACUUUCCUGAUCAUUGGGAGUUAAAGUGAUAUUGAUAUAAGUAUUUAUCGUAUUUGUUCUGAGACAGAUUGUGUAAUCUGUGAAACAUGGGCAUGAAGAUGAUCGCGUACAGAUCCGAUCACGUGGAAAAGAAGAACGAUUUUCGCCUAGCAAUACGCAUAGUAAAGUAUCUUAAGUUUUAACAUUAAGAUUAUGAUCAUUACGUGAUUUGGUCGAGAUGACGAUGGCGUUGAUAAAAUUAAUCUUUGUAAAAAAGCCAACUUGUAAGCGUGAGCGUAAAUAAAUCAGAAAACUUCGCG